UUACAGUACAAGACAAUCGAGUAAAAUGCGGUCCCGUUUCCUGUUUAUGACGUUAUAUCAUCAUAACGAUGUUCAUCACUCACUGGUAUAUACUGGUUUUUAUUUUAAUUUUUUAUUUCAUGUAAAAAUGAAAUUCGUUGCGGGCACGGAAAUGGUAAAAGACGGUGUAAGCGUUCCGAAGCGCGUGUCAUUUCCGAGACAGAUUUUACCUGCUUUCUUCAUUUUCAUUUUCCACAAUUAGCAUAAUGCUUCCCUUCAGUUGCCAAGAUACAGUGUCUUCCAAAAAUCAGUUAGUAUCUUUUUUGUGACCCAGUUAGCGGAAAGUCAAAAAUUAUUUAAAAAGAAAAAAGAGCAUCUAUCGUAAAGUUAUAAUUAGUCCCUGCUGUUUUCAAUGCAAUCACGAAUUUGAUUUUAAGAUGUCCUUAUGAUUAUUUCAACAUAAUGCACAAUUUUUGGAGAACCUUUCUUUUUAAAAUUACAAUUCCCACGGCAGUUUUGUAUUUUGUUGUCAUUUACGACACUGUCGCGGUGGGAGAAUGGUUUCUCGCUGACAAAAUCCACGCCGUCGAAUGGGAGAGGCAGCAUCUAAGUUCACCGAAACGGAACGAAAAUCGUUAAACUGCUUUUCAGAUAUUAAAAUGACCUGAGCCUCAAGUGAAAUGUGUAAACCGAAAACUAGUGUGUUCAGCACUAAUUCCAUUAAAAUGAAAAUUAAACGGUCGUUAAAAAUUGCUCGUGGAGGAGAGAGCUCUUAUUGGCGGAAAGUUAAAAAUACUUCAGAUACUGACUUAUAAAAGAAAUUGUCGUGACGUUAUUUUAUAACUAAAACUGCAACAGCAGACCUUUGGUGCUCAAUACAGACAUUCAUAGAAAAGCCAAAGGUGUGCCGUACAUUAGCGAUCACUUUACCAAUGGCUGUGAAAAACGUCCUUCUAUUGAUUGGACUAAUUAUCUGGAUUCAAGUCACGCGAGGCAUUCGCUUUGACGCUGACCUGGGCCUGGAGGACAUCGAUGUGAAAGCCGAGAGCUCAUCGCGUACCAGUCUCCUAAUCCACACCUAUCUAACCCAGUGUCUGUCGCAGAAUCUUCAGGACCGGUUCCCCCCUGUUCCAACCCCACAACAGCUCCGCGUUAAAACUAACGACAGAUGCACAGAGAGGGUGCCCACGGUGCGUAAAUGCAAGGGUGGUAUCGCCCGCUUCGGGUACAACUCCGUGAAGAAAGCCUGUGAAUAUUUCGAAUGGGACGGGUGCGACCAGAGUGGCAACCUGUUUGAGUCGAUGGUCGAGUGUCAGCUGUGGUGUGAGAGCCCGUGCACGAGUCGGAACGCCGUGAACGCCUGUCCGAAAACAGAGGACGGUGACUUGUUUUACGUGGACCCAGACACUGGCCUUUGCAAGGGCAUAAGCUAUGACCAGUGCGGGGGACUUCCUAACGUGUACGAAACGGCGGCAGAAUGCCUGGCCGUUGUCCAAAGUUGUGCAAAUGCAAGUGACGGAGGUCGCAAGAGACGGGAAAUUCAAACAGUGUUCCAAACACGUGCUCACGCCAGAACGAAACGACAGGUUUCAAAUCCCGAAAAUUUGGACUUGGCAAUUCAGACAUUCUGUACGGAAUUCGAGAAACAUAUACCAAAUUUCAGUGACAGUAUUUUAACACUCUCAGACAGCACCAAACCAGAUAACAAUAAAGACUUUGCAGGUGUGGUUGAAAAGGUUUUUGGGGUGGCGGAGACUAGCCUUUUUGACUGGCACCCUCUUUGUGAUCAGUCAAGAUCGGCUAAUUCGGUCGCCACCCGACUGGCUUCGGAUGUGAUCGAACUAGACAACAUUAUUCACGCUAAAACUAUAGACAACGAGACAUAUAAGUAUACCGGAACGCCCCCUCCAAAUCCAACAACAAGUCCUGAUCCAGCUGAUCCAUGGUGGAGGUUAUCUGACCAAGAAGACUCAACCUCCGAAUCUACAACUGAUCCACCCACAGACGGUGACAGUGGGCGCAGGCGACGUAGACGGAGUGUCGCUGCGUGCGACUUCGGUUUGCGUUAUAGUCACCUGAACUGGAUCCACGCCGUCAUCUACGAAGGUUGCAGACAUGUAGACGUGCACGUGCGCUUGAACUGCAUCGCUGCCACAUUCCACCCUCCGCCAGAAGGCUACCUCGAGCAGUUUUGCGAGUUGGCCAGGGAGGGUAUCGAAAAGUACUGGUCAAGAGCAGUGACCAUCAGCGGCCAGUCCUGGUCAGUCAAGGUUCAUACUCACGUGACUCCGUUCCUCUCCAAACCAGUAGUGAUAAAGUUCUACGACACCCCGAGACUUACGGUGACGGCACAGCAUGCGGACAACCUCCCGAUGACAGUGAGAAUGUACGCGUUCUUGGAUAACGCCAAAGAAGUGUUUGCCCGUGCUGCCGCGCAUCAAUUUGGCCACGCGAUUCUCUCGGCCGUGGAUGGGUUCAUUGAAAGCUGGAGCCAUAAAGGUACCUCCACCAUAUUCGGUAAUUUCAACUCCAACGCCCAGCAGUACCCGAUCACAGGUGAAAUAGACCUGAUGCAGUAUUUUUUGCCAAACACGCAGAGCUUGUCCGCCAUCUUGGCUCGUACAAUAGCAACUGAGGAUGACGUCAAGAAGUUGGUCCAUUCAGCCCUGCUGAAACUGCCCUUUUCUGGGUGUGUUGGAGAUGUAGGGAGUCCGUGUAAAAACUCUUCAGACUGCACAGAAGAAAGAUGUUUGGACUUCAGGUGUGCUGGAUGUUCCGUGGACUCCGAGUGCUCUCCGCCCAACACCUACUGUCACGCUGCGAAUAACAGCCUUGUGGUUAACGAGUGCAGGGCGACCAAAGUGGAAGGAGAAUAUUGCACCAGAGAUGAGAUGUGCAAGAAAGGGUUGUGCGACGGACUUCACUGCGUUGAGUGCAAAGAAGACUACCACUGUCUGGCUCACCAGUUUUGCAAGAACAAAGCUGCUCCAUUCAAUAUAAAUUACUGCGCCGAUAAAUUACCAGUAGGGGGCCAGUGCACUGGUGAUAGCGACUGCUUGAGCGGCAAGUGCUCGGGCUUUAGGUGUGUGAGUUGUGACAGCGACGGAGAUUGUUCCGACGGAUAUUACUGCAGGGUUGCUGCAGGCACGUGUGCUUUGAAAAAGGAAACGUGCGAAAGUUGCACACGUGACGCCAUGUGCCAAACAGGCCAAUGCCACGAGCUGGUGUGCGUCGAAUGCACGUUAGAUUCAGCAUGCGCGGUAGACCAGUACUGUAAAAAUGACAGCGCUUUUCAGUGUAACGUCUGCGCCGAAAAACUUCCCAGAACAGCCCUGUGUAAUCGCGGAAGGAUGUGCCAGAGCGACAAAUGUGUCGGUUUUCCAAAUCGGUGUGUUGACUGCCAGGACGAUUCCGACUGCACACUCCAUCAGUAUUGUACUUCCCUGCUGAACCCGUUCAUAGCAAACCAAUGUGUGGAGAAGAAGAGCACUGGGUUUUGCACUCGUGCUUCAAUGUGUAAAUCAGGCACGUGUAGACUCCUCCCGCCGUUGUCGUGCGCACCUCACAGAUAUGGACCAUAGUCCAAACUAUUUAUGACAUUAUAUGUGCAGUAUUUUCAGCUAGACUUUAGAAAAGCAAAUUUCAAAAACAAUUACAGUGGAUAACGAAAACGUCAUAUCAUUAAGUUUUCUGUAGCAUUAACCAUGCUUAUAAGAACAGUAUAAAUACGAAACAGUGUCAAAUUAUAUGUAUUUAUGACAAUUGUGCCUCUACGAAGAAGAGUUCAGUUAGCUUUUUUACUCUUAUAAUGUCAAGGCUUCAAGUCUAUUUCAGAUCAACAACCUGGAAGAAAAAUUGACCAAUUGAAAUAAAAUAAAGAUAUGUAAAUAGACUUCUACGACAUCGAUAUAAUACAAAGAAACAAAAAAUAUUUAUUUAU